UAAUGCCCUCCAGGAAAUUUGGCAUUACAAUUCUCAGACAUGAGAGCCAAGAGAGGGAGUGAGGACAGGGGGGAAAUUCACCGAACACCACAAGGAUAUAGAUCUAGAUUUUUGUUUAUAGAAGAAAAGAAUAUGCGUUCAAAUUUUUUUGAGUUCAAAUGCGCCUCGUACUUUAGAGAUUUGUACUUAUUCAGAGAAGGAAAAUAUGUUGCCUCUGUGAAAGCGCCUGAGGGAAUAUUGCAUCAGACGAAAUGACAGUGAUUAAAAUCAGCCUUUUCUGCUUUUCCAAAAGUCUCUGGAACGGCGUGGUGACACUUGCCUGAUGCGUAAACCGUUAUAUGCUGAACUUUAAAACAUCACCGGCUAUUAGCCUUAUUACUUUGGCGGAAAAUAGGAAAAUAACACAACAGUAAAUGAUCGCGAAUAAUCUAGGAGGCAAUAUCAGGUUUUCAUCGGCUCAAAUGAGUCUGGUCGGGUUUCAGUUAAUUGUCCUCUAAUCCUGUGGCCCCAGAGGCGUUUGCGCAGCCCGGAGCGAGAAUUCUUCUUUCGGCUGUGCUCUGUGAUUUACAGAAGGAUUAUUGGCUUUCUUCUGGCCAUAAGCAAAGCAGCAGUUACAUUUUGGCCAAAAAAGACAGUCAAGAGGCUGAUAUACGCAGCAGAAUCUGAGUAUUAAGAAAUAAGAAGAUCAAGUGGGGGAAGGAGCGAUCUGGUCUCCAAGAGAAGGAAGGGAGAAGCAUGUCACGUCUGUCUCUGACCCGGUCUCCGGUUUCUCCUCUGGCCGCGCAGGGGAUCCCGCUCCCGGCGCAGCUCACCAAAGCCAACGCGCCUGUUCACAUUGACGUGGGAGGACACAUGUACACCAGCAGCCUUGCAACCCUCACCAAAUACCCAGACUCACGGAUCAGCAGGCUGUUUAACGGAACUGAACCCAUAGUUCUGGACAGUUUAAAGCAGCAUUAUUUCAUCGACAGGGAUGGAGAAAUAUUCCGCUACAUCCUUAGUUUCCUGCGAACCUGCAAACUGAUCUUACCGGAAGAUUUUAAGGAAUUCCACCUCCUGUAUGAAGAAGCACGUUAUUACCAGCUGUCACCCAUGAUAAAGGAACUUGAGCGGUGGAAACAGGAGAGAGAGCAGCGACGUCUGGCACAGCCCUGUGACUGCCUGGUGGUGCGCGUGACCCCUGACUUAGGUGAAAGAAUCGCGCUCAGCGGGGAGAAAGUUCUCAUCGAGGAGAUCUUCCCAGAAACCGGCGAUGUCAUGUGUAAUUCUGUCAACGCCGGCUGGAACCAAGAUCCAACCCAUGUUAUCCGCUUUCCCCUGAAUGGCUACUGCAGACUGAACUCUGUGCAGGUGCUGGAGCGUCUCUUCCAGAAAGGUUUCAGCAUGGCAGCGUCCUGCGGUGGCGGAGUUGACUCCUCCCAGUUUAGUGAAUACGUGCUGUGUCGCGAGGAUAGGCGGAGUCAGUCCAUGAACACGCCCAUUAGGAUAAAACCGGAGCCACUGGACUAAAGACACACAUCGAGGUCCUCGGCCCCUGACCGAACUACACUAUACACACAGAUGGCCACAGACUCGCAGCUCUACAGAGCUCAGCGUUUAUAAGGGGAAUGUAAUUUAUCACACACAAACCACAGCAGUUACAAACCAAAAGAACUUCAACAGAAACCAAACCGGAGCAGCUCAGCUUUCCAACUUCCCUCUUUAACCCAACUCACUCAUGAGAGGACUCCUUCUGUUCAGUUGGGACACAAACCACGCCUCUUUCUCAGUGCAGUGUGUAUUAGUAUGUGUUAUUGUCUUGAGACGAAUUUGUGCUGUGAGCACCGUUUCAUCGGGUCACGUUUAUGGACGGCCAGUUUCUCUUCAUAUUCACGGAAUGGACAAAAUCAAUCUCUCGAAUUACAACAAAGUCACCGAGGCUUACAUUUCUCUCAAUAUUAGGGGCACGGGGGUCAACUUUUCACACCACAUGGAUUGUUUUUUAUUUCGUCAUUGUUUAUAAAGUACUUUUUCAUUCUUUUAUAGCACCAUGUUGUAUGCAGAUACCAUACUGUGAGAAAUAAUUUUCUUAAUCAGUAAUUUUGUCAUGUUUUCCAGUAAAAAAUAUCUAAAGAUAUAAUAAGAUACAUUUACUUAAAGUAACAGUGUCAGAAGCUAUAUAUAAACGUAAAAAAAAAUCAUUACAAGGGCAUUUUUGUUUAUUUUAAAUUGUUUUGCCCCCACAUUUUAAAUAUCUGGAGCCCUGAACACCCCUUAAUUUCUGAUUUUGGUAUCAAAAUGUUAACUGAAAUAGUAGCUGAAGUGUGUCAUUUCUGCACCACUAGCGCCACCAAACAGAAUCGCAAAAAUAAUCUGUUUCCCAAACACUCCUCCUAUCUUCCAUUGGUCAGGCAAAAAAAAGCCAGUGUUGUUGAUCUGGGCGGGCCACUCAAACAAACAGGAAUGUUUAGAUAGAGUCAUGUUUUGGUGAAAUCAACCUACAAAUGGCUAACUUAUUGCUGAUUCUGAAUAUUAAGCUGGUAUUAAGUAUUUUAACUUAAGAUGUUUAGAUAUAAUUACUGGAAAACAAGACAAAAAUAGCAAUUAAGAAAAUAGUUUUCUUUUUGCAGUCAUCAGUACUACGAUUCAGAUUUUGUCUCUUUUUGUGUAUGUUUCUUGUGUUAUAUGAAGGAUGUUGGGAGUGGCGUGAAGGCAUUACAUUUAAGAGCUUCAGAGAGAGACUUCCUGGCAGGGUUUGCAGAAACACUAUUAUGCCCUCGGGCAGCAUGGCGAAAGCAGACUGGGCUUUAAUGCAUUCGCCGCUACAGAAAUCUUCUUUGUUUAAAGGAGCUACAAGCAAACAUGUGUAUUUCUAAACCCUGCGUUCAAAAAUAGGUGACACUGAGAGAGACCAAGCGAAAACUUUGCCACACUUAUGCGUAUCAUUACACAUUUGAAAUGUUAUAAGCUCUGUAAUGUUGCUCAGUGAAGAACCUUGUUGGAUCAAACAAGUUUUGAGCUAAAUGGUACCUACACAAAAGAGUUGUGUGUGCAAAGAACAUGAAAAGAAUGAAAUUCAAGUCCAUUUGCGUAACUUGAGGCAAAAUAUUGAAAGAUGAAGGUAUAUGAUUGUGUCUAGAUAAAAUACAUAUGAUUAAUAGAGUAUGUUUGCACUUAAAUACCGCUCUGACGCCAAGCUAGUAUGAAAAUAAGCAGCCAGUGUUUAAACAUUUAUUGGAAAUAGACUCAAGUCUGUGCUCAAUGACAGAAUGAGGGUAGGCCUACUAACUAUGAUGCAUUAAUUUUUUAAAUGAUCUUUAUAAAUGAAUAAUCAUUAUUCAUUAGCCCAAUUUAUCAGAAUAGUUAAUUUUUUCAAUUCUUUGAGGUUGACGUCUUGGAUGCUUAAUUGUGCGAUUAAAUGACGGAUACAUCGUAAAGGGGGGGCUGUCUGAUUUCACGAAACGGUUACAGUGGGUGGGAAUAUUGUGCACUUGUCUUUGAAGUGAAAAUGAAUUACAGCUCCCAAAGUUCUUACAAACCUGGUUUCUGGACAAGCAGUAAUAAUAGUACAAGAUGGCAAAAUCAUUAGUUGUACAGGUUGGCUCGUACAAAAACGUACAAUUUUACUCCCAUAGAGAAAAAGAAUUAAACCAACUAACAAUGUUAUUAAGAUUUUUACGAAGUUUAACCCCAACCCAAAACUAAACCUAACCAUCAUUUUAAUGGAACAUUACUGUUGUGUGCCAUGGAAGAAAGAGAAAAAUGGGGGUUUUGAAAAAGGGUUUAAUUUCCCAAAAUGUAACACUGAACCCUAACCCCUAAACCAAACUAUUAAGUCUAACCUCUUACCCAAACCCUAAUCCUAACCAUGAAUUUAAUCAGAAAACGUUAUGGUUUGGAACGAGACGAAGGAAGUGUAUUACAGGUUAUUGACAUACAUCAGUCAUUUGUAUUGCAUAAAUAAAUAUGAAAGAGUAACCAAAUUUGUUCACAGACAUUUCCUUUCUGAAAAUAAAAUGUUGAAUAUGAGGCUAGCUCAAAUUCUAUGGCAAUAUGGCAGUUGUACGAUAUCGUACGAAUUUGCCAUCUCAUACAAAUCAUACACUCGACAUAACGCGCCCUUAGUUUAUGAAAGCUAUGUGUCUAUUUUACAAUGUGGUGUACAUCUACUUUAUUAUUUUAAGUUUUAUUUACAAAUAUCAAUUGAUUGCAAUUAAUUUAACUUGUUGCACUACAACAUUGGUUGCUUCCAGUGUAGACGGCAAUGCGUUACAACAUCGGUUGCCUUCAGUUAGAGGAUGUCCAAAUUUCAUGACUUAUUAACAUCUCCAGAUCAAAGAUCUACAGAAGAAAGAACAAACUCCUCCGUUCUUUGUGUUUGUGUAACUCAAUGAUGCUGUUUCUUGUCGCCCAAAUAUGUUGAUCAAAAAGAUAUGACCUCAUUCUGAUCCAUCUGUCCAAAGUCUUAUUUAAACUCAAGAUUAUUAGAAAACGAUGCAGUAUUGACUAGCAUUAGAGCUCUGAACACUUCGUAAACAUAAUGUCGUUUGCAUGGACUGAAUAUUGUGUUUAUUCUUUGGCAUCUGAUUAAAUGUCCACCGUUGAGGCAUCUCACCCUAUCCAGCGUGCUUUCAGGCACAACCAGACCCCCCAUAGGGAAGCCCAUUCGAGCUCGGCUUUGUUCUGACCCACAGCGGCCCAGUUCUGUCAUCCAGCCACCACAAAGGGAAUGGCCAACCACUCCUUUCAUGUGCCAAAGGGUGAGUGCGAUAUCCCAACAUGCCUUCAACAGAAUCCUCAAACACACUCCCAAAGCCCCACAUUUAAAAACCCAAACACACAUACAGACCGCAAACCAUUGAACUGCUCAGAACAUCAGUGGACUUUAUUGUUGAGAUUUACUCUCUUUUGACAAAGUUUGGGAGUUUUGCUAACAUUGUGUGACUUGUGCUCUUGCAUCAUGACCGUGCCUGAUGUAAGAUCAAACUAAGGCUGCUUACACGUUAGAGUUUACGUUACAAAUCUAUUGAUUCCACUGGUGCGCAGAGAUGAAACAUGAAGGUUUGUGAAUUCGAUACUCUGUCAUGGGACCAAACAUUGAGAAAAUUGCAACUUGUUUUUAAUACAUCCAUUGACCAAUGAGAAUUUUGCACAGGCAGGUUCGUCAGUCUCCAUCAGAGCUUUCUCGUGUGUGCUUGUGCAUUAAUGUCGACCAUAUAAAAGCACUGAAAAUGGACACUCAAUUGAACAAAUCACCUGACGUGCAAAAUUUUUUUAAUGAUGAAGCACAUUUGAACAUUCUCAAGCGCAUCACUUGGUAGCAGAAGAGGCAAGAACAGUCUUUCCGUUGGAUUUCUUCAACACUCUCACGGUGAAAUUGUCAGGAUUUGGGCGACUUUCUAAAUUUGGCUAAUUCGUGAGAUAUCAACUGCUUUCACUACAGCCAAUGAUGUCGCUGGACAUCGGUUCCAUCUAAUACGUGACAGUUACAACAGCUUCCCAUCAAGUUUACACACUCAACAGAUUGGGAUUAGGGUUAAGCAUUAUAUUAAUAAGUAUGUCCUUAAUGACUCAUGCAUGGAACUCGCGCUUCCGUAUUAGACAUCCGGGAAUUUGCACGUGAUGAAGUUGUACGUGUUUAUGCGAACAACAUUGUGCGAGACCAUACAAAAUAGACAACUCGUAAAUUAUGUAUGACUUUUCAUGAGAUCUCGUUGUUGUAAUGCAUUUCACAUGUUGCGGAUGGGGCGAUGUUGUCGUCCCACAUUAAACAUCAUCAUCAGGCCUAACCGCUGGUACUAUGUACAGUUAUUUGUAUAUUGAAACGUUCCCUGAAAAACCGAAAGAGAUGUUGACACUGCUUUAAUACAAGUCUGAUGGAUUUAAAAUUAGCAAAGCAAUAUGACAUGUACAUACACAUAAAAAAGGGAAAAAAUUCAAAAUGUCUACCAAGAUGAAAAUUGUCAUUAUUUAAUGUAUUAAUAAUUAGACUGUGGUAUUAAAGGGCAUGUGUUUAUUUACAGUGUCUUCUUUUUUAUUUACUUGCAUAUUUGCUAUAAUAAAAAGGCGUACUAUUCA